CCAAGUUUCUCAUUCCUCAGUAUUCGUUUAGAUAUUUAUAGUUCAAGUUCUUUACAAUUGCGACACGCAAUGUAUAUUACACGCGAUUCAAUCUGCCGAAAAAUGUCCGAAUCAAUUUAAAUCAAGUUAAUGCUCGUAGUGCUAAUUAAUUCACGCGAUUUAGCUGUGUGAAUUACAUACCUAAUGUGCGUUUUACGUGCGGCACAAUCGACUCGGUUCAGGAAUUGCUGUACGUAAUAUAUCCUCCCAGUAAUUCCAGUGAACUAGCAGACGUUUCGACGUAUAAUAUCGUUUGCUGUAGUUACUCGAUAUGAGGAUACAUCGUUUUAAAGCCAGGAACCUGGGAACGCUACUCGCGCAUCGGAAGACGCGAAAAUUUCACAGUGUUUCGUUUUGGAUAAAUGCUCUUCGGGAUCUCGCGAGUGACGACGGUCCGCAUGACGAGCAUCGUCGACGCAGAUAUCCUGCGGAGAGAGUGGCGAGGUUCAUGCUACGUAUGAUAACUGUUUGCUGUAUGGUGCUCUCAAUGAUCGAUCUGACGUUGAUGUACAAGAGGAGCCCGACCGUCACCAACCCGGAGACGACGCUAUAUCCGAUGUGGAAAGUCAAUUAUCCGGCAAUAGCGAUCUGUAAUGUCAACCGAAUCAGUCGGAAGGCGGCGAUCGACCUCGCUCAAGAACUUAUGGAGUUUGAGAGCACCAUAUUCAGCGCUAAUCUCACGUUGUCGGACAUCACACAUAUGCUGAAAUUGUUGGGUCAGUUAUACCUGCACGACACUGGCGAAACCAGGAAUGAGGCUACGAAGCUUCUGCACACGAUUCUGGAACGCGGUUACAACGGCUACGACGUGAACAGGAUAAUGAAACGGCUCUCACCGAAAUGUAGAUCCAUGUUGAGAAAGUGCUCGUGGGAGGGUAAGGACCAAGCGUGCGACGACAUCUUUCUGCUGAGAAAAACUCGGGACGGCUACUGCUGUACAUUUAAUUACGCUAGACGCAACGAUGGCUUCGGAAGCGCACAGAACGACGUCUUUACGUCGGAGCAUAUCGAACAUUCGACCAACAUCGGAUCCGAGUAUGGCCUCUCCGUUCUCUUAAAUCCACGUUUGGACGAUUUCUUUUACAAGACUCUACCGAUUAAUGGCUUUAAGAUAUCAGUGUACGAUCCUCUAGACCAUCCUGACACAACAAGUGGCGACGUGCGCGAAGUUCUAGUCUCCCCGAAAAUGGAAACUUAUAUAGAUUUGGACGCGAUUAUAUUUGACACUACCGAAGAUGUUCAAAAGUACGACAUACGAGAACGCGACUGCUUGUUUCAAACGGAGCAGUCCAAGAUAUUUCACGGUUACUACUCGUACAGCGACUGCAUAAUGCAUUGCCGUGUACGAGAUAUCUUCCAGCUAUGUAACUGCGUACCAUUUUUCUACCCGAUAGCGGAAGAAAUCGCUUUCGCGCAAAUUUGUAAUCUGAAGGAUUUGCCUUGCUUGAAGAAAUACAGAGAGAGAUGGCGAAACGUAAAGCCUCGAUUUGAAAACACUAUGAUACCGUUUGACGACAGCGAGUUCGAAGAAACAUUCGGUUAUCUGAGCUGCGACUGUUUUCCGUCCUGUACAGAUGUGACAUACAGCGUACAAUCUAGCAGCAUUCCUUUAAGCCUUACCGAAUUGUCAUGGGGCAGAAAUAAAUAUAUGCUUAGGAACCACAGCGUAGUGCAUAUCUAUUUCGGGAAGAGCGGCGCGAUAAGAUUGCGACAGGAUGUGCUGUUCUAUUGGUAUGAACUAAUGAGUAACUACGGAGGUGUAUGCAGUCUAUUUCUCGGAGUUAGUAUCAUAAAUAUAAUUGAGAUGCUAUAUAAAUCAAUCACAUGGAUCUGGAGAUUCGGAGCAACAAAUAAAUCCGCAAUAAAUCGAGUCGCAGCACAGACAAAAGAGAAAAUUGAAGAAAACUCAGAUAUGACGAAGGUGACAACAACAAUCGCAGUGCAGUCGGCGCCGAUACCGGAGAUCACUCAAUCGCUUCAUUGGCGAGAAAUGACCGGUGCUCUUCCCAAAGAGCAAUUAAAUCCGUCUGAUUUAUUAUCAAAUUUGUUAUUGAAGCACUAAAGUAGUAUAUAUACAGAGAAAGAGAGA